ACGGCUCUGUGUGUCGUGGAGCUCUCCCUGCGAUCCCACGCGAGACCCCACGAGACCCCGCGACACCCCGCGACACCCCGCGAGACCCUACGAGACCCCGCGAGUACCUUUGCCAACGGCAUCCCUCAGAGCCUCCGUUAACCGGUGCGAACGGAAUCCCUCAGAGCCGUCCUCCAGUGACCAGUCCUCGCCCUCCCGUGCUCCCACGCAGCACGUGCCGGAACCUCCCGUAGAGCGCUUUGGAAAUGGGAGUUAAGAAAAAGGCGCGACAGGCGGAAGACACCAUCUCAUAUUUUGAAAUUUACAAGUACGGGCGAUGGUACGAGCUGGUGGCGAGCGCGGUGGGCCUGUUGAUGGGCCUGCUGAGCGGCGGCGGCCUGUGCUACAACCUGGCGCAGUUCGGCGAGCUGACCACGGCCUUCGUGGACCGCACCGUCAACCAGCACCAGCUCUCCACCUACUUGCCUUUGACCACCUUAUUUGGUGGCGGGAGAAGACUGGUGAACGCGUCCCACGAGGAGAACAUGGCGGCGCUGGAGGAAGACGCGCGCGCGACCUGCAUCGGCUGUUUUGUGUCAAUCAUCAUCUCCCUGGUGCUGUGUAACGGCUCCAUCGCGCUGCUGGGCUGGAGCGCCGCAAGACAGAUGAUUAGAAUAAGAAUGCUCUUCCUGGAAGCGGUGAUGCGCCAGGACAUGACGUGGUUUGACCUCGACACCGACUUUAACCUGGCCUCCAAGAUGUCCGAGAACCUGAUGAAGCUGAAGGAGGGAAUGGGCGAGAAGCUGGGCGUGAUCGCCAACCUGGUGGGCACCAGCGUGCUCUGUAUCUGCCAGUCCCUGAGCUUCGGCUGGGAGCUGACGCUAGCCUGCAUCACCGUCAUCCCCUUCGCUGUCGCCGCCUCCGUCAUCUUAUCCAACUACCAGACGCGGUCGAUGGCGCGCGAGAUGGCCUCCUACAGCCGCGCGGGCAAGCACGCCGAGGAGGUGCUCAAGUCGAUACGCACCGUCAUCGCCUUCGCUGGCGAGCGCAUCGAGAGCGACAGUUACCUAUCACUGCUGCUGCCGGCGGAGAACGCGGGGCGGUGGCGCGGGCUGCUGACGGGUGUGGGUACCGGCGUGCACUGGCUGCUCACGUACGGCAUGAACGGCAUCUGCCUGGCGUACGGUACGCGGCUCGUGCUCGCCGACUUCGACCGCCCCACCGAGCACAGGAAGUACGUCAUCGGAGUCUUGUUCAGUAUUCUGUUCAACGUGUACAUGGCGACGCAGUCUGUGACGUUCUGCGCGCCGCUGGCGGAAGUGUUCGCGGCGGCGCGCGGCGCGGCGGCCACAGUGUUCCCGCUGCUGGAGCGGCGGCCGGCCAUAGACUGUCUGUCCCUCGGCGGGGCGCAGCCCGACCGCCUCGCCGGCGACAUCCGCCUCGAGGGCGUGCACUUCUGCUACCCCUCGCGACCUGACGUCAAGAUUCUGCAAGGAUUCUCGCUGCACGUGAAGACGGGCGAGUGCGUGGCGCUGGUGGGGUCCUCGGGGUGCGGCAAGAGCACGGUGCUGCAGCUGGUGCAGCGCCUGUACGACCCUCAGCGCGGCACCGUGCAGCUGGACGGCCGCGACGUCGCCGCGCUCAGCCUGCCCUGGCUGCGCACGCGCCUCGGCGUAGUGGGACAGGAGCCGGUGCUGUUCCGCGGCACCAUCACAGAAAACAUCACAAUAGGCGUGUCCGGCGCCAGCUCCGCCGACGUGCGCCGCGUCGCCGAACUCGCCUUCGCCCACGACUUUAUCUCCCGCCUUCCCAACGGCUACGACACGGUGAUAGGCGAGCGCGGCGCGUCGCUGUCGGGCGGGCAGAAGCAGCGCAUCGCCAUCGCACGCGCGCUGCUGCGCCAGCCCACCGUGCUGCUGCUCGACGAGGCCACGUCUGCGCUGGACCCUCGCUCCGAGCGCGCCGUGCAGGCCGCUCUCGACCGCGCCAGCGCCGGCCGCACCACGCUCGUCGUCUCGCACAGGCUGUCCACGAUCGUGAACGCCGACCGCAUCAUCUGCAUGGACCGCGGCGCCAUCGUGGAGCAGGGAACGCACAAGGAGCUUCUGGAAGCCAAAGGUUUCUACUACAAACUGGUGACGACGAGCAGCGACAACAGGGAGCCGGACGUCAUAGAGUCAGUGCCGGAAGAGGACGCGCCCCCCUCCUCGUCCCCCUCCUCGCCCCCGCGCCCCCUCAGACCGCCGCACGGUCACCUCUCCGCCAGAGGGGAACUGGAGGAACGUAUGAGCGCGCGCAGCUCCGCCGGCUCCGCCACCUCGGCCGCGCUCGCCGCGCCGCUCGCCGCGCCGCUCGCCGCGCUCGCUGACACCUGCGACGAUGACGAAGAGGUGCGGCCGCUCACCGACUGGCAGCUGCUGCGACUGAACGCGCCGGAGUGGGUGUCGCUGCUGGUGGGCGCGGUGGCGGCCAUCGUGCAGGGCGCCUGCUUCCCCGUCAUGGCGUGGCUGGUGGGCCAGGCCGCCGGGAUAUUCGUGUUGACGGAGCGCGGGGAGGUGCUGCGGCAGGCGGACCUGUUCGCAGGCAUGUGCGUGUUGGUGGGCGCGGUGGCGGCGCUCGCCAUGUUCCUGCAGAACGCCACCUUCACGCACUCCGGCCUGCGCCUCACUAACAGGCUGCGACACCAGUACUUCUCGGCGAUACUGCGACAGGAGGUGGGAUUCUUCGACAAGGCGAGCAACCGCGUGGGCGCGAUUUGCGCGCGGCUGAGCGGCGACGCAGCCGAGGUGCAGGCGGCGACCGGUCUCCGCCUGGGGCUGAUGCUGCAAGGCUUCAGCUCCAUGCUCAUCGGCGUCGUGAUGGCCUUCUGCUACGGCUGGAAGUUGACGCUCGUCGGUCUCGCCAUCCUGCCGCUCAUGUUCGGGAGCAUCUUCCUGGAGCGGCUGGUGUCGCAGAGCGCGCAGCGGCGGGAGCGCGCCGCCAUGGAGGACGCCACCACCGUCGCCACCGAGGCCAUCGUCAGCAUCCGCACCGUGCAGAGCCUAGGCGUGGAGCGGGUCUUCCUGCGCAGGUUCGAGGAGGCGCUGGCGCGCGCGCACGCGGCGGUGGCGCCGGGCGGGUGGUGGCGCGGCCUCGUGCUCGGCCUCGACCUCUACGUCCCCUUCAUGAUCUUUUGCAGCGUCUUGGUCUACGGCGCGAUUCUCGUCGCGCGCGAAGGCUUCGCCUACAACAAUGUUAUGUUGGUAAACGGCGCGUUGAUGUACGGCGCCUAUAUGCUGGGCCAGGCGCUGGUGAUGGCGCCCGGCUUCGACGCCGCCAGGAUGUGCAGCGCCCGGAUACUGGCCGUCGUCCACAGGGAGCCGAAAGUCAAGACCGAAGAAGGCGUGAAAGAUAGUGAAAAUUGGGCGGCCACCGGCAGCUUUAGCAUCAAGAACGUGGAGUUCAGCUACCCCACGCGGCCGCAUCAGCGAAUAUUGAAGGGAGUCAAUCUGGAGGUGAAGGCCGGCCAGACCGUGGCGCUGGUCGGCUCCUCCGGCUGCGGCAAGUCCACCAUCCUGCAGCUGCUGCAGCGCUACUACGACCCCGACUCCGGCACCAUCGAGCUGGACGGACGCGAGGUGCGCGCGACGCUGUCGCUGGUGCGGUUGCGGCGGCAGCUGGGAGUGGUGCAGCAGGAGCCCGUGCUCUUCAACCGCUCGCUGGCAGAGAACAUAGCGUACGGCGACACGGCGCGAGAAGUGCCCAUGAACGAGAUCAUCGACUGCGCGAAGGCCGCCGACAUACACAACUUCAUUCUCACUCUGCCGCAGGGCUACGAGACGAACCUGGGCGCGAGCGGCGCGCAGCUGUCGGGCGGACAGAAGCAGCGCGUGUGCAUCGCGCGAGCUCUGCUGCGUCGGCCGCGCCUGCUGCUGCUCGACGAGGCCACCUCCGCGCUGGACGCCAACAGCGAGAAGGCAGUGACGCGAGCGCUGGAGCGCGCGGCUGAGGGCCGCACUUGUGUCACAGUCGCACAUCGCCUCUCCACCAUCAAGGACGCCGACCUCAUCUGCGUCUUGGACAAAGGUAAAAUAGUAGAGCGCGGUACGCACGCGCAGCUGCUGAGUCUGCAGGGGCGCUACUGGCGUAUGUGCCGCGGACAGCACGCGGCCUGACCGCGGCGAGACCGCGGACUGACCGCGGCGAGACCGCGGCCGACAGAAGCUGCUGCAGUUUUUUGUGUUAGUGUUUAAAAUAGAGCAAGACAUUACUGGCUACUGGCUUACUGAGCUGGUCUAAUGUUAACCAGGCAUAAUACGUGGCUACAUUGUGCUACAACUGGCUACAACCGAUUAUAAAACUUCCAUCAAAUCUGUCGCAAUUUGCAAUACUUACCUGUUCCUCUCUUAGCAUUUAUAAUAAAAUAAAAAUUAUGUCCUUAGUUUGGAUCCAAAUCGCAUGUUAAUGAGGGUGAUAAUCAUAGUCGCGGAUGGACCACAGUUUAUCAUUUUUCGCUUAUGUUACAAAUUACAAAUAAAGGGGGAGUGCUAGGCUACACGAUAAGCCGGUGCUGGUGUGAGGGCCGGUCUAAUCCUCCGCCUCUGAAUAUGUCGUCGUUUUCAAUGUCGUCAUGUAUGGCUAUCAUAUUGAAAUGGAAUUAAAAAAAA